AUGCUGGCGUCUUCAAGAAGAGCGGCCACCCUGGCGUUGAGAGCGAAGCCUACUACCCGUCUCGUCCCUCUUCAGUCCGUGGCCACCAUCACGACCACUCCUAAGAAAGAUGCCACGUCGGUGACACCACACGCCUCGGCCGGCAUCGCCCGCCGCGAACGUAAAGAAGUCCCGCUCGCCAGCCAGACACCGAAGAAGGGUGCGAUGCAAUACGCAUUAACCACACUCGACCAGGUUGCGAACUGGGCACGACAGUCCUCGCUAUGGCCCAUGACCUUCGGUCUCGCCUGCUGUGCCGUCGAGAUGAUGCACCUGUCGACGCCGCGCUACGACCAAGAUCGCCUGGGAAUCAUUUUCCGCGCCUCGCCGCGCCAGUCCGACGUCAUGAUCGUGGCCGGCACCCUGACCAACAAGAUGGCCCCGGCCCUGCGCCAGGUCUACGACCAGAUGCCCGAGCCGCGGUGGGUUGUCAGCAUGGGAAGCUGCGCCAACGGUGGCGGCUACUACCACUACAGCUACAGUGUCGUCCGUGGCUGUGACCGCAUCGUGCCCGUCGAUAUCUACGUCCCCGGAUGCCCGCCCACGAGUGAGGCGCUCAUGUACGGUAUCUUCCAGCUGCAGCGGAAGAUGAGGCAGACCAAGAUCACGAGAAUGUGGUACCGGAAGUAG